CUUCGGCCUCCCAACCCGUCAUGUUCGGAUACAAGAGCGAAGUUGACGCAUAAGAAGCAUGAUGUUCACCAUGCUCGUCUCUCAGAUUCACGUCCAAUUUCUCUUCACAUUACCUCCCUCAUAAUCAAUAUGGCCUUCAAGCUCUCCAUGUCUCAGUCAUCACCAAGCGUGCGCUCCUUAGGACGCCGUGUCGGAAGAGUUCCAGUCAUUAAGUCCCGGGGCGUUGCAACUGCGCCUUUCCGUCUACCAGCUGCCAGAAAUGAACCCAAUUUGGACUACGCCAGAGGUUCCCCCGAAAGAGCGCAGGUCGAGAAGGUGUUGAAGCAGAUGAAGGCACAACUUCCGCUGGAGAGCCAAUCCUUUAUCAGCGGUAAAGCCCUAUCAGUUUCCAAUACCCUGCAGCAACCUUUGCCCGCGGAACAUGCCACGACCUUCACCCACUACCCUCUCAAUACCCCUGCGCAAAUCAAUGAAGCAAUUGAAUCAGCAUUGGCCGCCAAGGAAUCAUGGCAGAACACCCCCUUCGUUGACCGGGCUGCUAUCUUCCUUAAAGCUGCAGAGCUUGUCGCAGGCAAAUACCGAUACGAGCUCAUCGCUGCUACAAUGUUGGGACAAGGAAAGAAUGUGUGGCAGGGUGAGAUUGAUGCCGCUGCAGAGCUGGCUGAUUUCUUUCGCCUGAACUGCAAUUAUGCUGCGGAAAUUUUGGCUAAGCAGCCUGAUCGGGGUACUGAUGGGAUGUGGACGCGUGUCGACUAUAGACCCAUGGAGGGAUUUAUUUAUGCCGUGUCGCCGUUCAACUUUACUGCAAUUGGUGGAAACCUGGUCAGCGGUCCAGCCCUCAUGGGCAACGUCGUGAUCUGGAAGCCUUCGCCUUCGAACGUCUACGCAAGCUCGCUCGUCUACAAGAUUCUCCUCGAGGCCGGUCUACCUCCCAAUGUGAUCCAGUUCGUUACCGGCGACGCAGAGCAGAUUACCCAGACAGUGCUCGGACACAGGGAGUUUGCGGGUCUCAACUUUACCGGUUCCUCGGACGUCUUCCGUUCUUUGUACGCUCAGGUCGGCGAGAACAUUGGCAAGAAGGUCUACCGGGACUACCCUCGCCUGGUUGGUGAAACCAGUGGCAAGAACUUCCAUCUGGUUCACCCCACUGCCGAUAUUGACAGUGCCGUUUACCACACUCUUCGAGGUGCAUUCGAGUACCAAGGACAGAAGUGCUCAGCCACGUCUCGACUGUACCUGCCGGAAUCUCGGGCACAAGAGUUCUUGGCGAAGUUGAAGUCCGAGAUCAACGACAUCACGAUUGGCUCCCCCGAGGAGAUGGGGGCCUUUAUGGGCCCGGUCAUUCACAAAGCGUCCUUUGAGAAGAUCAAGUCCAUCAUUGAUGCCAGUAACAAGGAUCCCUCAUUGGAGCUGAUUGCUGGUGGUACGUACGAUGGCUCGACCGGCUAUUACGUCCACCCUACUGUGUACCGGGCCAAGAGCAUCGACCAUGAGCUGUUUGACAAGGAGAUCUUUGGACCCGUGCUGACAGUCUACGUGUAUCCUGACGCCGAGUGGUCCUCGAUCCUCAAGAAGGUCGACCAGAGUGGUGGCGGGUUUGCCUUGACUGGAGCGGUGUUUGCAGCCGAUCGGACUGCCAUCCGUGAAGCCGAAGAUACCUUACGGUACGCGGCUGGCAACUUCUAUAUCAACUGCAAGACCACUGCGGCCUUGAUCGGACAACAGUCCUUUGGCGGCGGUCGCUCGAGUGGAACCAACGACAAGGCUGGCAGCGCCAAUGUUGUUCUGCGAUUUACCAGCCCCCGGACGAUCAAGGAGGAGUUCUUCCCCUUGAAUGGCUUCCGGUACCCCAGCAAUGAGUAGUGGUUGUAAUGAUUAUGAGCUUGCCAUGGUCCAAAAUGGGAUGGUGUUG